AAAGCACAGCCAGCUGGAAGCUUCAUGAAGCAGGGACAAAAAGGCAGCAUUGUGCAACUGGCAGCUAUCCUUUAGUCACCAGUUCUUGGUAUAGAGUGCUGUUGUUCCUUUCUGUUCUCCAUCGUGUCUAUGAGAGCCACGUGAUCCCAGAAGGGAAACAAAAGGCACAUAAAAAGGGUGCAGCCUCCACGCAGUAACUCAGUAACAGCCAGCUGCUCAGAACAUUCAACUAGAAGCCGCAAACAAAGGGAGAAGAGAUGGAUCCGUCUGCUAGCCAGCAAUACAAAAGUACCCAUGAAGACUUGUCUGAGGCCUUAAAAGAGGCAACAAAGGAAGUCCAUGUUCAGGCAGAAAACACAGAGUUCAUGAGGAACUUCCAGAAAGGACAAGUUUCCCUAGAGGAAUUCAAGCUGGUUAUGUCCUCGUUGUACUUCAUCUAUGAAGCUCUGGAGGAAGAGAUUAACAGAAAUAAGGAUAAUCCAGUAUUUUCUCCUGUUUAUUUCCCCCUGGAACUCCAUCGUAAGAAUGCGCUAGAAGUAGACCUUGAGUAUUUCUAUGGUCCACAAUGGAGGAAGAAAAUUAUUUGUCCUCAUUCAACAAAGAACUAUGUUGACAGACUUCAUCAUGUUGGCCAAAAGGAGCCAGAGCUGCUCGUGUCUCAUGCGUAUACCCGUUAUUUAGGAGACCUAUCAGGUGGACAGGUUCUUAAAAAAAUUGCUCAAAAGGCCUUGCAGCUUCCAGCCAGUGGUGAAGGUUUAGCAUUCUUUACCUUCGACAAUGUCACGAAUGCAACUAAAUUCAAACAACUCUACCGUUCCCGUAUGAACUCCAUUGAAACUGAUGCAUAUGCCAAGAAAAGGAUAUUGGAAGAGGCCAAAACAGCAUUCCUGCUUAAUAUCAAGCUGUUUGAAGAACUGCAGACCUUGUCACUAGCAACAUCUCAGAAUGGUAACACUAGGACUGAGGCAACAGAAUUACGAAGCAGAGGACCGAAGACAGAAAAUGGUAGACCUACAAAACAGAACAACAGUUCCUCAGAGGAGCAGCCCACAACAUUCCUUCGCUGGUUUCUUAUUGCUGGCUGUGCACUCAUCACUCUCAUGGGACUAUAUAUUUUCUAAGAAAAAGGCUCAUAUUAACAGUUAUUCACAAGGUUCAAGACUUUAAACACAUUUGCAACGUGAAGACACCAGUUUCAAGAUUAUAACCAUGAAUUGACUAACGAUAUUCAGGCAGAGGGUAGUUUAUAUGCCUUGGUACCUGACUCAUUAUAUAGGAUUCCUACAAUUAACUCAGGUGAUUUGGUCAUUUUAUGGGUACUUAAUCUCACAUCUAAUACAGAUCUCUGGUUUGUGUUAAGCAUUUAUUUAGCUUAUUUUUACUGUAAUAGGAAUGCAUGGUUCCUACUUAUAAGCACAAGAACAGGGCAUUUUUGAAUCAGUGUGGAAGUAAUACACAAGGUGCUUGUAAUACUUAGGGGGUUAUUUAUCAAAAUCCGAAUUUAUCUCAUAAUUUUCUGAAAUAUAAUCCGACCAAAUCCACACGGGUUACGUCCCCUUAUUUAGCAAAACAUUUUCCGGAAAAAUUCCAGUUCAGGAAAAAACUCUUGAAAAAUUCACAUCUCCGUGCAAUAUGUUGGCGCUCUAAAAAUACAUGUUAAAAAUAAUAAAAAUUGAUGUGAACACUUGUUUUAACAAAACUCACACCUAAAGUGUUAAAAUAAGAAAUAAUAUGGCUCUAUAUACAUGUAGACACGACUCUACAUAAAAUUUGGGCUAGAUUCAAACUUUACAAACAACCUGGAGCUGUGAAUUAAGAAAGGCUAUAAAUGUUUCUGUACAAAGUGUACACCUAUGUUACUAUGUAAUUAUUCCAGGUUUAGAGAACUGUUGUGGCCUGUAUUAUUAUUGUGCCUGCGAUCUAGCUUUCUUUUCUAAAAAAAAAACAAAGUUUGCUUUUUAAAUUCUAACCAAAAAAAAAUCACGUUUAUUUUGCCAAAAGGUUUGAAACUUUUAAAAAAACUGUGCUUAAACAUGAAUUUUUGAAUCCAGAUCAUGUUGUUCAGCCUUAAGAAAAAAGGAUUUUUUUACAUGUUCCAAAAGAAAAUGCUUAGGCUUAGUCUCUUAGUGGAAUGGCUGACAAUCUUUAGCCAGUCAUAUGGUUUUGUUUUGUGUUCCUGCAAUUAUUGCCUCCUUGCUGGAGCAGUGACUUACCAUGUUGCUCACUUAUGUCACAUUAUCAUGUGACAAAUACCAUUUAUCCUCCUCACUUCCGAAAGUUUUUCUUAACAACCUUAUGUCAGUCUUUUUAAUCAUAUUAAACGUGCUUAUUUGUACUUUGCUACAGAAAAAUAACAAUUUUAUCAUGUUUUAAAGUUGAAUCAAAAUGUAUAAUUUAUAUUUUUAUACUAACUGCACAAUAAAAUAGUUGCUGGUUAUAACAUG